AUGACUCUGCUGCUGCUGCUGCUUCAUAUGAAUUUUGUUGCAGCGCCCGCGGACAUCCCGACUCUGGCACCGCCCACAAACGUCUCCAUCAUGUCUGUGAACAUGAGGCACACUCUGAGGUGGCGGCCCCUGCGUGAGCCUUGCAGCACCACUGUCCUUUACUCUGUCCAGUUUCAGGGGGAGUUCGAGCUCCUGGUUCUUAACGGCAGCUGGGUUGACGCACACGAGUGUCAGGUGACUGCCAGAACUCAGUGUGACCUGACCUUUGACCUCGGCUCUGACUCCGACUACAACCUGCGUGUGAAAGGCCGCUGCGGGCCGCUGCAGUCGGCCUGGGGUCAGCUGGACGCACCGUUCAACCGCAGACACACUCUUCUGACUCCUCCUGAAGUGACGACGACAACGGUGGGAGAUUUCCUCGUCCUGAAAUUCAGUCAACUUCCUCUCACAGGAAACGUCAUUGUCAUGAUGUGGAGACGUGGGGAGGAGCAGCAGGCAGAGGUCUUCACAGUCCCGGUGGAACAAAAGAAUCUUCACGUCCAGCUAAAGGACCAGAAGGUCCACUGUUUCCGCGUGCGGACAGUUCUGGGUGAACAGCUUCAUAGCAGCAACAGUGAGACCCGAUGUGUCUCCAUAAAAGGUCCAGAUUCGAUCUGGAAGGCUCUGACGGUGGUCACGGUAGCGACAUUGGUCACCGCUGCCCUCCUCUUUAUCAUCCUCUGGUCAGUCAUCCACUUCAAAUCCGGGUCCUGCUCAUGGUACUUCCACAAGGUGGUGCUGCCUAACUCUCUGCGAAAUGACUGGGACAUCAUUCCCCCAGAGGUCCAAGAGGAGGAGGAGCUCCGCAUCUCCAUGGUGACCACCAGUGACCCGAAGGACACCAAGGACUGGGAUUUACCUACAUCAGGGACAGGAGUUGCCUCCACAGGGGAACCACCUGGUCAGACGCUGUGGCACAGCCACACCUGAACUAAGCCAAGUGCCACAUCCAGAGUUUGUGACUGAAGGUGGUGGACCACCUGGUGAGGAGCACCAUCAGGUGGGUCCUGGACAUGACAAAGUCUGAGCUAGUCCACCACCACAGGAGACGGAUCACAGCAUGACGACCACAUCUGAACUUCCAGAACCAGGACUCAAUGGGAACGUUGAAUAUUGGGUUUAAACUUCAGGGUCACAUGUUCUGAGUCAGCUCCAUCAGACCGUGAGUUCGGCCCGAACUGUUUCAGAAAGGCACUAUCAGU